UUGGGCUACAAAGUUUUUUAUACGAAUGUUUUGUGUUUUUAACAACUUUACAUACAUUUUGUGUUCGGUAAUUUUUUAAAAUAGAUCAAAUUCGGAUUCGGAAUGUCUCAGUCCAAAGAUAAGAUGUCCGAAAUAGACGAGCACAUCAUGAAGAGGUUCGAUAUACAAAAAAGACUGGGCAAAGGUGCUUAUGGAAUUGUUUGGAAGGCGAUAGACAGGCGUACAAGAGAGGUUGUGGCUGUGAAAAAGAUAUUCGACGCUUUUAGGAAUCAGACUGAUGCUCAGCGUACUUUCAGGGAGAUUAUGUUCCUGCAAUCAUUCAAAGCUCAUCCAAAUAUUGUUAAGUUACACAGCAUUCACAGAGCUGCCAAUAAUAGAGACAUCUACUUGGGUUUCGAGUACAUGGAGACCGACCUUCACAAUGUAAUCAAACGCGGCAACAUACUCAAAGAUGUCCACAAAAGGUACAUUAUGUACCAGCUAUUAAAGGCCAUGAAGUACAUACAUUCGGGAAACGUCAUCCACAGGGACCUAAAGCCUAGCAACGUCUUGCUGGACAGUCUCUGCAGAUGUAAGAUAGCCGAUUUUGGGUUGGCAAGACUUCUAACCCAGGGGAGUGAUGGUUGUCUGGGAAGUGAUGGUGAUCCCACUUUAACGGAUUAUGUGGCUACCAGAUGGUACAGAGCUCCGGAAAUAUUAAUAGCAAAUAGAAGAUAUACAAAGGGAAUAGACAUGUGGAGUAUAGGAUGUAUUUUGGCUGAAAUGUGUAUGGGUAAACCAAUAUUUCCAGGAACCUCGACAGUCAACCAAGUAGAACGAAUAAUGGCCAGUAUACCUUCCCCAACACCAGAUGAUAUAAACAUGAUAUGUUCAUCUGGAGUGGGAUCAUCAAUGAUAAAAAACGCCUCAUCGGUCCAAAAAGUUUCCCUCAAAUCAAUCAUAGGCCAAAUUUCGGACGAUGCAUUAAGCUUGAUAAACAAACUGCUGAUUUUCAACCCCAACAAGAGACUAACAGCCGAAGAGUGCCUGGAACAGUACUACGUAUCCAGAUUCCACGACCCCGAUCAAGAAGUGACGCUAUGCACGAACGUCGUCAUACCGUUCAACGAUGACGUCAGACUUACCGUGGACGACUACCGCAACAAACUGUACGAGCUGAUGUCCAGAACCACCAGAACGAUAGUGCUCAAACCCAAACUCUUCACCCCGGAAAUGAGUUCCGUUUGUAGAAACACGGAAAAGUACAUAAAGAACCACAUGAAGACGCACGAUAGAGCGUACGUGUCCCACUCGGAACCCAAAAUGGGACCGAUCAGAUCCCACGUUACCGUGGCCACCAGCAACAUCCGAUCUGACUCCAAGGUGGUACCGAAAAACUCGCGCAUACCAACCUACGACUAUAAAAACUUCAAGGGGGGUGGGGGGGAUUGUAAAGCUCACGUCAAGGCCAAAAGCGACAUAACCAAGAAGAAGGUUCCAGUUAAGUUGUCGUCGUGCAAUAGCUACAACAAAUCGUAUGGGGUUAUAACGCAAAAUGCCUUCAUGGAGUUGAGGGCAGCUGGUUUAAGAUAAUUGUGAGGUUUUUGACCGUUUUUACUAUACACUUUUGUAUUUUAUAUACCUGUACCAAUUUAUUUAAGCACUUGUGUGUACCUAAA